GCCGUCUGGCGAGACCCUGCGCCUCGACGGGCGCGUGGGCCGUGGCCGUCCCACCGGCAAACGCGCUGUGGCUGACCCUGGUGCUCCGUUCCUGCCCGCCCGCCCGCCGUCCCUGAGAGAGAGGUGAGGGAGAUGGUGACAGGAGGUGAGGUGGUGUCGGCCCUGCAACAACUUUGGCCCCGAAUUUUCUGCCACCCCAGGCCUCACUUAUACGUUGAGCGAUCUUGUCCUUCCUCCACUUCCCUAUCGUCGUGCUCAAAUCAUCCCCUCCUCCUCAUACCCGUAAUCAACCCUCUUUCUCCAUACGCCCUUGAGCUUGUCCGGUGCUGUCGCGCGCCUGACCGGAAGCUCAUCCGUCCCAUUUCCCUUCUUGUGCUCGACGGCGGUUCUCAAGCCCCUCGUCUUCUUCCAUCCCAGGACAGAGCCGUCGCGCCACUGGCGGUAGUCGCUCUCGCCGCUGCGUCUUCAAACGACCGUCCCGCGGCGAAACUCGGUUCAAGGCGUUGCAUUCAUAGACUUGAUCGAUACCCUCCAGCUCUGCCAUCAUGUACGGCACUGGAACCGGCCCUCAGACGGGCAUUUCCACCCCCAGAUCUAGCUCGUCCCUCCGGCCGUUGACGCUCUCCCACGGCUCCCUCGAAUCUUCCUUUCUCGUCCCGACAAACCUCCAUUUCCAUGCCUCUCAGCUCAAAGAUCGCUUUGUCGCGAGCUUGCCCGCCGCCACGGACGAGCUCGCCCAGGACGACGAGCCGUCAUCUGUUCCGGAGCUUGUUGCAAGAUACCUGGGUUUCGUCGCCCGUGAGGUCGAGGAGGGCGAGGACGAUGCCUCAGGUUCCUACGAAGAGGUCCUGAAGCUCGUCCUCAACGAGUUUGAGCGCGCUUUCCUCCGCGGCAACGAGGCGCACGCUCUCGCUGCCACCCUCCCGGGCAUCGAAUCAAAGAAGCUCGAGGUGAUCCGCAGUUACUACUUGGCACGCGCCGCCUCUAACCGAACCAUCAAACCACAUGAGUCCGCCCUGCUAAGGGCCGCCGAUGAUGGCUCCGCCGACAUCUACACAAUCUUUGGCGGCCAGGGCAAUAUUGAGGAGUACUUUGAGGAGCUUCGCGAAGUCUUCCAGACGUAUCCCAGCUUCAUUGGCGAGCUGGUUGCGUCCGCUGCGGAGCAGCUUCAGACGUUGUCUAGCCACCCUAGUGCAGAGAAGAUGUUCCCGAAGGGUCUGGAUAUCAUGGACUGGCUCCAUCACGCAGACUCGACCCCGGACGUUGACUACCUCAUCUCAGCGCCCGUCAGCUUUCCCCUGAUCGGGCUCGUGCAGAUGGCCCAUUAUGAGGUGACCUGCAAGGUUCUCGGCAUUGAUCCCGGCCAGCUGCGCGAGCGCAUCAGCGGCACUACUGGUCACUCCCAAGGCAUUGUCAUGGCCGCUGCCACUGCCGCUGCCGCCUCGUGGGACUCGUGGCGGGAGAUCGUCAGCUCGACGUUGUCCAUCCUCUUCUGGAUCGGUACGCGCAGCCAGCAGGCCUUCCCCACCACCUCCAUGACGCCGACCAUGUUGCGCGAGUCCAUGGACCAUGGCGAGGGCACCCCGACACCUAUGCUCAGUAUCCGCGACCUGUCGCAACAAGAGGUUCAGAAGCACAUUGACGCGACGAACCAGUACCUUCCUCCUAAUCGCCAUAUCAGCGUCUCAUUGAUCAACAGCCCUCGAAACCUCGUCGUGACGGGUCCUCCUACCUCUCUCUAUGGCCUCAACUCUCAACUGCGCAAGGUCAAGGCUCCUACUGGACUUGACCAGACUCGAGUCCCCUACACCGAGCGCAAGGUUCGAUUCGUCAACCGCUUUCUCCCCAUCACCGCGCCCUUCCACAGCCAGUAUCUCGCUGAGGCGACGACCAUGAUUGAUGAGGAUCUCAAGGACGUGAGCAUCGAUGCGAGCGCUCUAGGUGUUGCCGUGUUCGACACCAACACGGGCAAGGAUCUCCGCACAGAGGUCAAGGGCAAUAUCGUCCCGACUCUGGUGCGUCUGAUCACACGCGAUCCUGUGAACUGGGAGAAGGCAACCGUCUUCCCCAAGGCCUCACACAUCCUCGACUUCGGUCCUGGCGGUGUGUCCGGCUUGGGAAUCUUGACUAGCCGAAACAAGGAGGGAACUGGUGUCCGUGUUAUCCUUGCUGGCACCGUUGACGGCACGAUUACCGAAGUUGGGUACAAGCCUGAGCUCUUCGAUAGGGACGAGGAGAACGCUAUCAAGUAUGCCAACGACUGGGUCAAGCAGUUUGGCCCCCGACUGGUCAAGACGGCCAGUGGUCAGAAGUUUGUCGACACCAAGAUGAGCCGCCUGCUCGGCCUGCCUCCGAUCAUGGUUGCUGGCAUGACUCCGGCAACGGUGCCUUGGGACUUUGUCGCUGCGACGAUGAACGCUGGCUACCAUAUCGAGCUGGCUGGUGGUGGUUACUUUGCACCCCCGAUGAUGACGGAUGCUCUCCGCAAGAUCGAAAAGGCCAUCCCUGCAGGCCGUGGAAUCACGGUCAACCUGAUCUACGUCAACCCCCGAGCCAUGGCUUGGCAGAUCCCGUUGAUUGGCCGCCUGCGCGCCGAGGGUGUGCCCAUUGAGGGCCUGACCAUAGGCGCCGGUGUCCCUUCUAUUGAAGUCGCGCAGGAGUACAUUGAGACUCUUGGCCUCAAGCACAUUGCCUUCAAGCCCGGCUCCGUCGAAGCUAUUCAGGCCGUCAUCAACAUUGCCAAGGCCAACCCGAGCUUCCCCGUUCUUCUCCAGUGGACAGGUGGACGCGGCGGUGGCCAUCACUCAUUUGAAGACUUCCAUCAGCCGGUGCUGCAGAUGUAUAGCCGUAUCCGUCGUCAGGAAAACAUCAUUCUCGUCGCUGGCAGCGGCUUUGGCGGUGCGGAAGACACAUACCCAUACAUCACUGGUGACUGGGCCAAGAAGUAUGGCUACCCUCCUAUGCCCUUCGACGGGUGCCUGUUCGGUAGCCGCAUGAUGGUCGCCAAGGAGGCACACACCAGCAAGAACGCCAAGCAGGCCAUCAUCGAUGCUCCCGGACUGGAGGAUGAUGAGUGGGAGCAGACCUACAAGGGCCCGGCCGGCGGUGUCAUUACCGUGCGUUCCGAAAUGGGUGAGCCCAUCCACAAGCUUGCCACUCGCGGUGUCCGGUUCUGGGCGGAGAUGGACCAGAAGAUUUUUAGCCUGCCCAAGGAGAAGCGCGUCGCCGAGCUCAAAAAGAACCGCGAGUACAUCAUCAAGAAGCUCAACGACGACUUCCAGAAGGUCUGGUUUGGCUGCAACAAGGCUGGCCAAGCUGUCGAUCUCGAGGACAUGACGUACGCCGAGGUCGUUCGUCGUAUGGUCGACUUGCUCUACGUCAAACACCAGUCUCGCUGGAUUGAUCCCUCAUUCCGCACGCUUACCGGCGACUUUAUUCAUCGAGUCGAGGAGCGAUUCACGAUCUCCGCCGGCAAGCCUUCGCUGCUUCAGAACUACGCCGAUCUUAACGAUCCGUUUGGCGCCAUCGACAGCAUCUUGGCCCACUAUCCUGAGGCCGAGACUCAAAUCAUCAACGCGCAGGACGUGCAGCACUUCCUGAUGCUCUGCCUGCGACCGACACAAAAACCGACGACGUUCAUUCCGGCACUGGAUGAGAACUUCGAAUUUUUCUUCAAGAAGGACUCCCUGUGGCAGUCGGAAGAUCUCGAUGCGGUCAUCGGACAGGACGUUGGUCGAACAUGCAUUCUGCAGGGCCCGACCGCUGCCAAGUUCUCUACCAUUCUUGACGAGCCCAUCAAGGACAUACUUGGAAACAUCCACAACUCUCAUAUCGCUGCUCUGAUGCGCAACUACUACAAUGACGAUGAGAGCUCCAUCCCGGCCAUGGAGUACUUCGGCGGGAAGCUUGUUGAGUCGGAGAUUCCCCUGGACCUCGAGGGCUUGACUGUCAGUUAUGACGCUCAUAAGAACACAUAUCGCUUGGCUUCUUCGGCAUCUAGCGCGUUACCGUCUCUUGACGCCUGGCUUUCUCUCCUCGCGGGCCCCAACCGCAACUGGAGGCACGCCCUUCUCAUGUCGGACGUCGUCGUCCAGGGACAAAAGUUCCAAACCAACCCUAUUCGGCGCAUUUUUGCGCCGGUGCGCGGCCUGUUCGUUGAGAUUCAGUACCCCAACGAACCUGAAAAGACGACCAUCAUCGUCAGGGAACAGCCCCGACACAACCAGUACGUGGACGUUAUCGAAGUCAAGUUGACUGGCAAGAACGAGAUUCUUGUCAACUUGAUCAAGGAAACGACUGCUCUGGGCAAGCCCGUUGCCAUGCCGCUGAAGUUUGUGUAUCAUCCGGAGGCUGGCUAUGCCCCGAUCCACGAGGUCAUGGAAGAUCGCAACGAUCGCAUCAAGGAGUUUUAUUGGAAGGCGUGGUUCGGAAACGACCCCCUUAACCUCGAUGCGGUCGUUACGGGCAAGUUUGACGGCGGUCGCACCACUAUCAGCAGCGAGGCCAUCAAUGAUUUCGUGCACGCCGUCGGCAACACCGGUGAGGCCUUUGUCGACCGCCCAGGCAAAGUUGUGUAUGCUCCCAUGGACUUCGCCAUCGUGCUGGGUUGGAAGGCCAUCACCAAGCCCAUCUUCCCUCGCACCAUCGACGGUGAUCUGCUCAAGCUCGUCCACUUGUCUAACCAAUUCCGCAUGAUUCCGGGCGCCGAGCCGCUCAAGAAAGGUGACGAGGUCUCUACGACCGCCCAGGUCAAUGCUGUUAUCAAUCAAGAGUCGGGCAAGAUGGUUGAGGUGUGCGGCACUAUCGCGCGCGACGGGCAGCCUGUGAUGGAAGUCACGUCCCAGUUCCUUUACCGCGGCGCCUACACAGACUAUGAGAACACUUUCCAACGCAAGAUGGAGACUCCUGUACAGAUGCACCUGGCUACGGGCAAGGACGUUGCUGUUCUACGCUCGAAGGAGUGGUUCGCCAUCGACGAGAUCCCCAACGACAUUGAUCUGCUGGGUCAGACUCUGACGUUCCGCCUUCAGAGUUUGAUGCGCUACAAGAACAAGAGCGUCUUCAGCAGCAUCGAGACUCGCGGACAGGUUCUGUUGGAGCUUCCCACAAAGGAGGUGAUCCAGGUUGCUAGCGUCGACUACGAGGCUGGAGAGUCACAUGGCAACCCCGUGAUUGACUACCUUGAGCGCAACGGCUCGCCUCUCGACCAGCCCAUCUAUUUCGAGAACCCCAUCCCGCUUAGCGGCAAGACGCCUCUGCAACUCCGGGCUCCUACGUCCAACGAGACCUAUGCGCGCGUCUCGGGCGACUACAAUCCUAUCCACGUGUCCCGCGUGUUUUCUAGCUACGCCAAUCUGCCUGGAACAAUCACGCACGGCAUGUACUCGAGCGCUGCCGUCCGUAGCCUGGUGGAGACUUGGGCUGCCGAGAACGACAUUGGCCGCGUGCGAAGCUUCCACGCGUCGCUUGUGGGCAUGGUUCUCCCCAACGACGAUAUCUCUGUCAAGCUCCAGCACGUAGCCAUGGUUGCCGGCCGCAAGAUCAUCAAGGUCGAGGUCAGCAACACGGAGACUGAGGAGAAGGUGUUGGUCGGCGAAGCUGAGAUCGAGCAACCGGUGACUGCCUACGUCUUCACUGGCCAAGGCUCGCAAGAGCAGGGCAUGGGCAUGGAGCUAUACGCGAGCAGCCCCGUUGCCAAGGAGGUUUGGGACCGUGCCGACAAGUAUCUCCUUGACAACUAUGGCUUCUCCAUCACCAAUAUCGUCAAGAACAACCCCAAAGAGCUCACCGUUCAUUUUGGUGGACCUAGGGGCAAGGCUAUCCGGCAAAACUACAUGGCUAUGACGUUCGAGACGGUAGCUGCUGAUGGCUCCAUCAAGUCGGAGCGCAUCUUCAAAGACAUAAGCGAGAGCACGACGUCGUACACCUACCGCUCGCCUACGGGCCUGUUGUCGGCGACGCAGUUCACGCAGCCCGCGCUGACUCUGAUGGAGAAGGCCAGCUUCGAGGACAUGAAGGCCAAGGGUCUCGUGCCGCGGGAUAGCACCUUCGCGGGCCACUCGUUGGGCGAGUACUCUGCCUUGGCAGCCCUUGCCGACGUGAUGCCCAUUGAGUCUCUGGUGUCGGUCGUCUUCUAUCGUGGCCUGACAAUGCAGGUCGCCGUGGAGCGCGACGCGGCCGGACGAUCCAACUACUCGAUGUGUGCGGUAAACCCUAGCCGCAUUUCCAAGACUUUCAAUGAGGAGGCGCUGCAGUUUGUGGUAAACAACAUCGCCGAGGAGACGGGGUGGCUCCUGGAGAUUGUCAACUACAACAUCGCCAACAUGCAGUACGUGUGUGCUGGUGACCUGAGGGCGUUGGACACGCUGGCGGGCGUGACCAACUUCCUCAAGAAGCAACAGAUCGACAUUGAGGAGAUGCGAAGCAACAUCGAGGAGGCCAAGGGAGCGCUCAAGGAGAUCAUUCGAGGGUGCGCAGAGGCGACGCUGAAGAAGCCGCAGCCCCUGGAGCUGGAGCGUGGAUUCGCGACUAUACCUCUGCGGGGCAUUGACGUACCCUUCCACUCGACGUUCCUGCGGUCGGGUGUCAAGCCUUUCCGGUCGUUCCUGCUCAAGAAGAUCAACAAGACGACGAUCGAUCCGUCCAAGCUGGUCGGAAAAUACAUCCCCAACGUGACGGCGAAGCCGUUUGCGCUGACCAAGGAGUACUUUGAGGACGUGUACAAGCUGACGAACUCGCCCAAGAUUGGCGCUGUUUUGGCCAACUGGGACAAGUACGUGCAGGAGGAGGAUGGCAAGGCGAGCAGCGACAGCGGUGCCAGCAUCGAGUACGAGGGCCCCGGCGCCGCAGCGUAAAGGCUGGUUGCGCGGAGGGCGCGGGACGCGGAGAGAUGCGAAAGACGGAAGCUUUCGGAAAGAAUUGACGACGCCUCUGACGAAUCAGGGUAGGGAGAGAGGUGCUUGAUUGAGGGUGUUGUUGAGUUUGCUGGUUACUUUGGGCUUAGUUCCUACAUGUAUUCACUCUAGAAGAGCCAAUGGCUGCCAUACGAAUGCCCCUGACAUGAUUAAUAGAAUUCAUAGAUGUAGAC